AAAGAAAAACGAUCAUAUAAUCGACCGAGCGGACGCGCGAUCCGAACCCCCAGGACGGACCUUCACCCUUUCUCGCCAGCGCUGCCAUGGGGAAGUCGGAGGCGAGACCCAAGGGCUAUGGCGGCGGCGAUGUUGGCGGCAGCGGAAGCCCCGGGAAGAUCUUCGUCGGAGGGCUCCCGCGCGACACCACACUAGCCACAUUUUAGAAGCAUUUUGGCAACUAUGGGGAGAUAGUUGAUUCGGUGAUAAUGAAAAAUAAGCAGACAUCUCAGCCAAGGGGUUUUGGCUUUAUUACAUAUUCUGACCCUGCUAUUGUUGAUAAAGUGAUGGAGGACACCCAUGUCAUCAAUGGAAAGCAAAUAAGAACGAGAAAGAGGAUGGAGGAAGAAGGGGACAGAAUAGCUACACAAUCAGGAAACUACAGUCACACCAAGAAGACAAACUGUAGGUUGAGAUAAAGAGAACCAUUCCAAAAGAUUAUAUGCAGUCCAACCCUAAGGAUUUCAGAACUAAAAAGAUAUUUGUUGGUGGCCUUCCCCCAAUACUGACAGAAGAUGAUUUCAAGGAUUUCUUCGAAAAAUAUGGAGCUGUGGUUGAGCACCAGAUUAUGCGUGAUCAUCAAACAAGACGCUCCCGAGGCUUUGGAUUUGUUGUUUUUGAAUCUGAGGAGGUUGUAGAUGAUUUGUUAGCAAAUGGGAAUAUGAUUGAUCUUGAUGGUUCGAAGGUGGAGAUCAAGAAAGCAGAACCAAAGAAAUCCUCAAAUCUGCCAACAUCAACUGGUAGUGAUUCUAGAUCAGCAUAUGGUAGGGAUUCUAGGGACCAUUCUUCUGGGGAUGACCGUGGUGGACUGGCUGAUGCUUAUAGCAGCUACAACAGUGGUGGAUUUGGUCCUUACAGGAACCAUGGAGGUUUUGUUGGUGGUCAUGGCGGGGUACGUGACUACCAUGAGCGAUACAGUCAUUACUAUCCGGGAUUAGGAGGCUAUGAAGGCAUGUCUUCUUCCUUUGGUUACCCUAGCCGUUUUGGGCCAUAUGGAGGAGGCUUUGAUGGACCUUAUGGUGGAGGGAACUUGCGUGGCUACAGGCGGGGUGGUGAUGAGAGCUUUAGUGGCCCUGGCAGUUCUAGCUUUGGUGGCGCCAUGUAUGCUGGGGCAUAUGAUCCUGCACUAGGUGUUUAUGCACCUGGCGGCACACCUGAUAUGAUGAAUAGGGGAAGUUUUGCCCCAGGACGAUAUCACCCAUAUUGAUGAUUGGAAAGUGUCCUUAAGGAUUUAGCCCAGCAUAACUGUCCUCGACAUGGUUGCUUUUUCAAGUUGUGAUUUUAGCAAUUACUAGCCUACUAGAGAACCCUGUAAUGGUCGAACCCAUGUUCUGUAAAUGCUUGCUAGUUUGUAUGAACUUUAGCUUUUAUUAGUUAUUGUGUUGACGGUUU